CAGUCGUCGAUGAGUGCUUUAGAAAGUAACAUCCGCGAUCGUUUGUGUUGUCUUAAAGAUUUCUUUUUUAAUUGAUUUUUAAUGUUUUGACGAAUAUUUUAAUGGUCAUGAAAUACAUUUUUAAUUGUUCUCACGAAAUACGGUAGAAAAAAGCCGAAUUAGAUUAAAAGAAUCAAACAUUUUAUAAAAAAAAAUAUUUUAAUUAAAAAAUUAUUACUUGCUCAAUUUUAAGCUGCAACGAAGCAUAAAGCACUGAUUAGAAGCCAAGAAUAAUCAAUUUAUCUGGCUUGUUAUCGGCAUAUCAGUGAAGUGUUCUAAAUGCUUAAAAAAUCAACAAGUUUAAUAACAAAAACAAAUAGGCAUAAAAAUCGUAAACUACAAGUCGUACAAAAAAAUCAUUGUGGAAUAAUUAGUUUCAGCUAAUCAAGCGGAAGAAAAUAAACUUUAUCGUUUUUGAUAUCACAAGAUAUGCAUUAACAAAAAGUGUAGGAAAAGCAACGUUAGCAUAAUUCAAUUGAAUUUAAUUAAUCAUGAUGAAGAAGCCCAAAAUUGCAUUAUUUUUAUUGCUUGCCACUGUGUGUCAUCGUUUAAAAGCAGCUGACGAUGCAAUGGCAAUUGUUGGUGAUGAGCUUGAAGGUCCGAAUGUAUGCAAACGAAUCGAUCCCUACAAUGUCACAGUUGUCGUCACAGAUAUGAUUCCAUACCAGGAAAGUAGAAUGGUUUGGUGUGCACAAAUACCACCACGUUGUCGGAAAACGGAAAUAAAACUACGACAAGUCAACAAGACGGAAGUUCUUGAGAAAACGAGAGCAAUUCGAGAAUGUUGCGAGGGCUACAUUGAGAAUGAAGCGAAAAACCGUUGCGUACCUUUUUGUCCGAAGCCUUGCAUCAAUGGCCAUUGCGCAGCACCCGGACAGUGUAAAUGUGAUUCAGGAUAUGGUGGUCCAUCAUGUGAUAUCAGCUGCCCACCAAAUCAUUACGGGAAAAAAUGCAAAAAGAAAUGUGAUUGUACAAAUGAAUCACAAUGUGAUCCCUAUGAUGGUAAAUGUCACUGCAAGAAAGGAUAUCGUGGUGAUAAAUGCGAAAGUACCUGCACACCCGACAGAUAUGGUGAAGGAUGUUCAGAGAUUUGUCGAUGCGAAAAUGGAGGAAAAUGUAAUCAUAUUUCUGGCGAAUGUUAUUGUCCACAAGGUUACACUGGCCCAUUAUGUGAAGAUAAAUGUACAAAAGGAAGAGGCGGUGACGAAUGCAGAUCAUCGUGUCGAUGUCAAAAUGGUGGAAUUUGCGAUGAAGAUACAGGAUUUUGUAAGUGCCCACCAGGAUGGGUUGGUGAUGUUUGUGGUAAUCGUUGUCAACCAGGUCGUUAUGGUAUCAAUUGCACACACGCGUGUGAAUGUUUUAAUGGAGCAUCUUGUGAUCACAUAAACGGCGAUUGUAUAUGCGAGCCUGGCUUUAUGGGUGACAAAUGUUUUGAUCAAUGUUCCUUCGAUAAGUUUGGAGUCAAUUGUACUGAAACCUGUUCAUGUAAAAACGGUGCAAAAUGCGACAAGGCAACGGGAAGUUGUGAAUGUGCACCUGGAUAUAUUGGCGUUGAUUGUGGUUUCACUGGUGACAAAUGCGAGAAUCAUUGUCCGUCUGGAACAUAUGGAACUGAUUGCCUUCAACAUUGUGACUGUAAGAACGAUGCUGAAUGCAAUCCUGAAACUGGUCAAUGUUUCUGUAAACCUGGAUGGUCUGGAUUCAAAUGUGAACGACCAUGCGAGAUGAACACUUACGGUCCAAGUUGUUCAAUGACAUGCAAUUGUUUAAAUGGUGGCGGAUGUCAUCCAGUAACUGGUGAAUGUUACUGUAGCCCAGGAUAUAUUGGAGAGACAUGUGAAAAGAAAUGUGAUCCAUGGUUCUUUGGACAAAAUUGUUCAUUCGAAUGUAACUGCGAGCAGUCGAAGACACUUCAAUGCGAUCAUGUCAAUGGCCGAUGUUUAUGCAAAAUUGAAUACCGUGGAAGUAAAACAAUAAAAUAUGCUGGCGUAAGAUGUGAAAGUUCAUGUCCAGUUGGCUUCUACGGUAGUGAAUGUCAUCAUCAAUGCAACUGUAAGAAUAAUUCAUCGUGUGAUCCACAAACUGGCGAAUGUUUCUGUGAACGUGGAUGGAUUGGAAGAACUUGCGAUCAGAAAUGUCCGACUGGUUAUUAUGGACAAGAUUGCAAAGAGAAAUGUCCUGAAAAUAUGCCAACGAAGACAACGUGUGAUCAUGUGACGGGAGAGUUUAAAUGCCGACCAGGCUACAUUGGAUUAACUUGCGAUCAUCCAUGCCGUGAAGGAACGUUUGGGGAAGAUUGUCAGCAGCGUUGCAAUUGCGACAAUGGCGGCGAAUGUUCACAUAUUGAUGGAAUUUGCCAUUGUCUGCCAGGCUGGACUGGAGAUCAUUGUGAGAUUCCAUGUUCAAACGACACUUGGGGCAUAAAUUGUCAUCAUAAGUGCAAAUGCGUCAAUAACGCGCGAUGUCGUAAAUCGGAUGGCUUGUGUGUUUGUGAACCAGGCUUUAUGGGACAAAAAUGUGAAGAAGUCUGCCCAGAAGGCUAUUACGGAGCGAAUUGCCUCGAGAUUUGUAAUUGCAAUCGAAAACCGAACUUUGUUUGUCAUCCAGCACAUGGUUGUGUCUGCAAAUCCGGAUACAAAGGUGAAAAUUGUGAUACCUCAGCGUUUAGUCAAAUAACAUCGGAAGAAGUAGGACGAGCUGGUACAAUUUGGGCGGUGUUCUUAUCAUUGUUGUUCCUUGGAAUUCUCGUGACAGUUUUGUUCUACCACAGACGUCGUGUCGCCAGUCUUAAGAAAGAAAUUCACGUCGUUCAAUUCAUGUCAGAAGAUCGAACAAAUUUUGACAAUCCUGUUUAUAAUUAUCAGCCUAGUAGCAUCAACACAGACAUGUCAACUUUACUUCAUCGUAAUGGAAUGAUGAACAACUUACGACACACGAAACCAUCAAACGUUGACCGACUCAACAACUUCGAUCAUGAUUCGAAUUCAAGUGGAAGAACUGCUGCUUAUUCCUUCAAUUAUGAUCCAAGUUUGAUGAAUCAGAAGAAUCACGAAGCUGACUUAACAAAUCCAAAUCUUUUCGAAGAUCAUCUUUAUGAUGAGAUCAAGCAAAAAGCUGAUGAUUCAGAAGAAUACGAUCAUCUUGAUUAUUCACGGCCAAUUCAACCACCAAUUCCAAACUAUCAUCGUACAACAAGCUCAACAUUAUCAACAUUAAGUCAUCGAGAUCGCGAAUCAAAUCAAUCGAGUAAUAAAUUUCCAUCGUUCUCCGAUUCAAGCUACGAUGCACCAAUUCCCCAUCCGAAACAGUUGAACAUCAACGUUCCACCAUUACCUAUGAAGAAUCAAACGAAUUCUAAUCUCACACCAUCACCAUCAUCGAGUACAGCGAGUACAAUAACGCAAGACGAAAACAUUGACGCAAUGAUUUCCGUCGAUAAACCGAUGAACAAGAAUUUCCUUCAGGCUGAUGAUAAUGCGACAAGCAUCGAUCUGAAUGAGAAGUCACGUGAUGAAAAAUCGACAGACUGAUUAUUUAGUUGAAGAAAAUGAAAAUGAAGAGAAGGAAAUUAUCAUUUUUUUUAUUAAGCUGAGAGUGAAUGAAAAUUGUUUGAUUGUUGAUGCUUUUAUAAAUGUUUCUUCAUCGUGAGUUUAUGUUUGACAUUAAAUAAUUAAUUAAAGUGAUGGAUGACGUCAAAAAAAAAAGAAAGUUUUAAUGGUAAUUUACUUGUUUGUAUGCAUGUGCCUAAGAAUGAUGAUUCCGUCACUUCUAUCUCAUUAAAAUAUUUUAAUUUCUUUAACUAAAAGUUUUCAUUUGUGCAUUUCUUGAGCAGAUUUUAUUUCCUAAAUUAAUUAAUUUUUUUUGUCACUUUUUUAGUCAUUUGAUGAAAGUUUUCUUACUGAUUUAUAAAUGUUUUAUAUCUUUAUUAUUUUGUACAGAUUUUAUUUUAAACAAAUAUUAAAGGAAAAGAGCUUCUAAGAGAGUGUUUAAGUACUAAAAUAAAGUUUAAAAUAUUUGUGAUAAAAUUGACACUUUUGAACCAAUUUUCCUUCAAUGUUUUUCAUUCUCUCUUCCUGAAAAGUUUUAUUGUUCGCCAAUGGAAACAAAAACAAUUGUUUCAUCCUUUAUGAAAUGUUUAAAAAUAAUUGGAUAAAUGAAAUCACUUUGAAAGUAUAAUGAAAGAGAGAAAAAAAGCAUUUAAUGAAGCAAUACGAAUAAAUAAUAAAAACUUUGUAAAAACUAAAGAAA